AUGCACAAACUAUUUGCAACUAACGACAACCGGCCUCUUAAGAUGGUAUUCGACAUAAAUACUAACAUGUUGAUUGGGGAGGUAUACAAAUGUUUCAUUUGGGAUGUUGGGAGCUAUAUGAGGCGGGACAUCGGUUUUGAUAAAGACACAUGGACAGACGUUUCUGAAGCCGAAAGGGUUGGAAUGUUGCAGUAUCUUUCGGAUGUUGAUGUGAAUGUUUUUCUUCAAACCCCGACAUUUGUAAUGACCAUUGGAGACAUUAUCCGCUCCUUUAAAAACCAAAUCAACGACGAGGAAAACAAUGAUGGGGAAGACGAAGACGAAGACAUAUAA